AUGCCCGCCGCAACCGACGCCGCCCAGGCCAAGGGCGAAAGCGACUGCGACAGCGAGGCGACGCUGAAGCUCGCGGGGCCGAACGAUGAUAGCUUGCACGCUGCUAUGAUUGCCGACCUCGGCUUGGGCAGCGGGCAGGCAAGUGGCGCCGCGGCGGGCGGCGCCGAGGGAGGCGGCGCCGCGGCGGGCGGCGCCGAGGGAGGCGACGCAGCGGCUGGCGACGCCGAGGGAGGCGACGCCGCGGCGGCAGGCAGCGCGGGCGGCGCCGCGGCGGCAGGCAGCGCGACGGGCGACGCCGCGGCGACAGGCUGCGCGGGCGAUGCCGCGGUCGACGCAGGCAGCGCGGGCGACGCCGCGGCCGCUGCAGGCGUCGUGAGCGACGCCGCGACGCCGCCGACGGCCAAGGAGAAGGCGAAGGCUGCAGAUGCGGCGGCCCAGCACGCGGCGAAGGGCAAGGCUAAGGGCAAAGCCAUGUCGGCGCCGAAGCCACCGCCCAAGGAGGCCGCAGCCAAG